AUGGGAAGAACUGAACCGUCUGUUGGACGACCCCCGGCGGCGUUCCGCAAAGAUGUACGAUCCAAAAAGGCCAAGGCGACAAUCAACAAAGCCAUACCAACUCUUCUAUCUGGAAAUCCCCGCGCUCAACAGGGAAUUGAUGCGGCAGAAUUGAUCGCUUUUCAGGAUGCUCAGGUUUCGAGUGCGAAGCCUGGUGAAAGCAACAGGGAUAUGGAUCAGUCACCAAAGAAGGGCAAAUCUGGGCGCCGUUCACCAACUUCUAAGUCUGAUGGCCAACCAAUCCCACCAGCCACAGAUCUCAAAACACCAAGAAUCUCAGUUCGACAAGUCGACACACUCACAGCUGCCAGAGACCUUCUCGAGAUCGAAACCCCGUCAGGUACCAAAGUUGAUCUCAAGAAUGAUCGCGCUCGUGUGGCUAUUCUCAACAUGGGUUCACCGCUAUCCCCAGGUGGUGGAUUCCUCAACGGUGCAAACAGUCAAGAAGAGUCACUCUGCAUGCGCACUACACUAUACCCUUCCCUCAAAGACGAGUGGUACCGUAUCCCAGAUCUAGCUUCCAUCUUCACUCCCAACGUGUUAGUCUUUAGAGACGAAGAGGGCGAGGAUCUGGACAAGAAGGACCGUUUUUACGUGGACUGUAUCACUGCCGCUAUGAUUCGCACACCUGAGUAUGAGCUAGACAACGAAGGAGUAGCAACUUACGCCAACAAAAAGGACCGCGAGUUGGCUCAGAGCAAAAUGAGGGGGGUAAUGCGCGUUGCCAUGAUGAAAAAGACAAAACGUCUGGUUCUUGGAGCUUGGGGUUGUGGAGCACACGGCAAUCCAGUCGGUGAGAUCGCACGGCUAUGGAAAGCUGUCCUUCUGCCAAGACAGGACAAGUCAAAGAGCAAUAAGGAGCGAUGGGGUCAACUUGACGAAGUUGUCUUUGCAAUCAAGGAUCACAACAUGGCCCAGGCGUUUGCUGAAGCCUUUGGUGAAGGUCUUGAAAGGGCGGACGAUGGCGAAGAGGAAAAAGGAGAAGAAGAAGAAAUUGAUCUGGCUGAUGUCAGGAGGCAGGAACUGCUGGGAAAGAUUGCGGAACUGGAAAAGCGCAUCGAGACCGUGGUCAAUCCAAAGGUCAAGGAAGGGUUGCAGAGCAUCCUUGAGGGUCUCGGGAAACAACUUCCCGCGGAUGAGGGGGACUCAACACAGGAUAGUGAUAAGGAGGACGUUUGA